ACUGUUUUCUAUUAUAGGAAACUAUUUUACUUAAAAAAAUAGUUAAAUUCAAAUAAAUAGUCCCUUAAAAGAGUAAAAUGGUAAGAAAUAGCGCCCUAUAGAGAGAAAACACUAUAGACAGAGGCACGGCCAGUUAGGUUGUAUUAUGUUUUGGAGAUGUUUGACUCUGGUUUGAUGCUGGAGCAAUGGUAUGCCAACACGGAUUGGGAUGUGAAAUUGUUGAAAUUUGGUUGAAGGUGGUAUGAUGAGUGUUGUAAAAAUGUUAAUCUCCUUAAUGUUAGCAAAAAUUGUUGAAUGAAAUCAGUGUCAUAGAUGCUUUGAAACUAUUUCGAGUUUAUAAACUUACCUCUUUUCAGCCUCAUAUUAACACUUUGGACUAGGCUCUACACACUCAUAGCAACCCUGCGUGGAGGGAAGCAUGGCAAGACUGGCGGCACUCCAACAGCACCUACUAUCUUGCUCUCCCUUGACCACCUCUCUUUCUGACUUAAGUGGAACCAGACUUCAUACUCAACAUCAGAUGGUGAACAGCAUUGUAUUAUUCUAUUGUAUGUUUAUAUACUAGUAUUACUAGUUGAAGAGAAAAUUAUGGCAGCCAAAAGGGACUCUCUAUGUCUCCGCAUCAAGCACCAAGAAAAUCUUCAAUAUGGCAGGCACCAGAUUUAUUGGAGUGUUUUUGUCUAGGCUCCUUGUCAAAGAGGGUCACCGAGUGACUUUAUUUUCAAGAGGUAAAGCGCCUGUCACUCAACAAUUGCCAGGUGAAUCAGAUGGUGAUUAUGCUGUUUUUUCUUCCAAGAUCUUGCAUUCAAAAGGUGACAGAAAGGACUUUGAAUUUGUAAAAUCCAGUCUCUCAGGAGAGGAGUUUGAUGUUAUUUGCAUAAAUGGACGUGAGGCAGACGAAGUUGAGCCUGUAUUGGAUGCUCUGCCGAAUCUGGAACAGUUUCUUUACAGUUCUUCCGCUGGUGUCUAUCUCAAUUCUGACCUAUUACCUCAUGCAGAGGCUAAAGGUUUUGCAGUUUCUAGAAGGAAAGCAGCGUCUUUGAUCUUAUCAACCUACAUUCUCUCAAAGGUCGGCAUAGCACUAGCUCAGCAGUCUCCUGUGUUCCGCGAAUACAUAGAUGCAUUUGAUGGUUAUUCAUUCCAGUACCCAAGGAGUUGGAUUCAAGUCCGUGGUGCUGGGGCUGACAUAUUCUUUAGGGACCCUUAUGUUCUUGAUGAAAAUCUCUCUCUUGAAAUUUCUUCACCUUCAUCCUCCCAAUACAAGAGUGUUGAAGACUUGGGUCCACCCCAAGAAGCUGGAAAGAAAGUGCUCAAACAAUAUCUGACUGAGUUUAUGUCUACUAGACUCGGUGUUAGACGUGAAUCAAAUAUUCUUUCAACUUCUUCAAGAGUAGCUGAUGAUGGCAAGUUGUACUAUGAAGUUGAGGUAAACAUAAAGUCAUAUGCAAACAACAAUGAACUUGCUGUUAUGCCACAAGACCGGGUGGCUCGUCUGGAAUGGGACCGGAGGUACCUAUCUGUUCUUGGAGUUGAAAACAACCAACUGUAUGAGUUGAGAUUGCAGGUGCCGGAAAAUGUGUUUGCAGAGGAGGAAAGUGAUCUUCGUAGAGUCAUGGAUUCGUUUCGAGUCAGCAAGAUUGCUGCUUAGAACUAGAAUGUUGGAUACAUGAAUAUGCUCGUUGUUCUUGAAACAUAAUCUUAUUUUUUUUUAUUUCUUAUCAAUUCUAAAAAUCAUUUUUCUCUAACUCUUGCUAUAAUUUGGGCUCUGUUGAUUGUUUUGUUACACUCUUAUCUUCAUUUUCGUAUCUAUUUAAGUCUGUUUGAGAA